AUUGAACACUUCAGUAGCUUAGAGUGAAAUUUCAGUUGAAGUUACAAAGAAGAAAAUGGUGUCCGCAUUAAAAGUAGUAGCUUUGUUGCUCAGUGUUAUAUGCUGUUGUAAUGGAUCCCUGAUACGAUCCGAGGAGCACAAAAACAGUCAAAAGAAUGCCCUCCUGUUUCUGGAUAUCAUGCAAGAAACUCUCAUCACCGACAUCAGGAAUUUCACCUCAACCGGAUACAGAUCGCCGUUAUUCGAUUUGUGGUCGAAACAUGUACCGUAUACUUUAGACAUGACCCGUGAUGAGGUCGACGAAUAUCCACCCGAGUUGGCUAUCAUUGGAUGUUUGGCUUGUCGCACAUACCUUGCAUCGCUGAUCCGCGACAUCCGGGCUGGAGUGCCUCUGCAGCAAGUAGCAGAUUCUGCAACUGCCAUUUGUGAACUAUUGAUGCCAUUUGACAGUCCCGUAUGCAGAAAUCUCAUCAACUUAAACGCCCCCAGUCUCUACUUCAUCGUCCAAAAUCGACCGGCCCUGAACCAAAACGAAGUGUGCGGAUUGAUAUUGCAAGGAGAAUGUGGAGCUCUAGAUCCACAGUUCAAUUUUGCAGUAAAUGUUAAUCCACAUAAUCCAAUUACCGCACCGAAAUCAGUAACAGCUCCUCGCACACCCGACGAAUUGCGUAUCAUUCAUAUCUCGGACAUUCACUACGACGAAAACUACUUGAGUGGUGGAAUCAGCAACUGCCCGAAUCCAACUUGUUGCAGACGAUCGGCAGGAGUGGCCCCAGAUCCAGCCAAUCGGGCUGGCCCUUGGGGUGACUAUAAUUGCAAUCAACCAUGGCAAGCCUUUGAGAACACUCUUCUACGAAUUCGAAAUGCUCAUCCACAAAUCGAUUUAAUCUAUCAUACCGGUGAUAUGGUGGAUCAUGGCAUUUGGGAGACUACCUUUGAGGGUAAUCGAAGAGUCAUCGGAAGAAUUUUCUCUCUAUUCAGACAAAUCUUUCCGAAUGUACCGGUCUACUCUACCAUUGGAAAUCAUGAAGCUCAUCCAACGAAUUUGUUUGCUCCUUCAACGAUUGCUCAACCCGAAUUUUCCACGAGAUGGUUGUACGACUUCUUAGCUACCAAUUGGCAAAGUAACGGAUGGAUCAAUGCAGCCGCCGCAAAUACAGUUAGAGCCGGCGGUUAUUAUACCAUGUUGAUUCGUCCUGGUUUCCGGUUGGUUGUUCUAAACAACAAUGAUUGUUACAUCUACAAUUGGUGGGUUAUGUACAGUCGUACAGAGAUUGCUGGUGCUUUGCAAUGGUUCCACAACACCCUUUUGGACGCUGAACGGAACAACGAAAGGGUUCAUGUGUUAGCUCAUAUCCCAACAGGUGGCGGUAGUUGUUUCCAAUUUUGGUCGCGACAAUAUCGUCGAAUUAUAGAUAGAUUCCACAUGAUUAUUGGGGCACAAUUCAACGGACAUUCCCAUCGCGACGAGUUUGAAGUAAACUACGAUGUUGCAACCGGACAACACGCCGUCAACAUUGCUUGGAAUGGUGGUUCCUCUACUGCAUAUACAGGCGUAAAUCCGAACUACAGGAUGUACUAUGUCGAUCGUACUCAUUACCAAGUCAACGAAGCUGAAACAUUCAUGUUCAGCAUUUCGGAGGCCAGAAAUAACCCAGCACUUCAACCACGCUGGCAUCUGCAUUAUUCAUUCCGUACUAUGUUUGGAGUGACUAACUUCUCCCCAGCGGGCAUCGAUCAAUUAAUUUUCAACAUCUCAAGGAAUCGAAAUACGAACCGCAACUUAUUCAGAAUCCGAGUGAAAAACGGAGAUCCAAGAAUGGCAACGGGUUGUGAUGACGAAUGUCUCCGAAGUCAAGUUUGUUCGCUGGUACUGAAUGAAAACGCCGACAAUCGCCGAUGUAAUCAAGUACUUUCCGUGUUCGGAACGGUGGCCUAAUUUUUGGUUGAAAUAGCCCGGGAUUUUUGGUGAUAGCAAAAUAUUAAAAUAUUCUGUGAAUUGAUGUGUUGCCUU